AUGUCCCCAGAGGACGCAAUAGAAGAAUGCAACUGCCAAAUUGAUCCUUUUGAUAUCUCAAGCCACGUCGCAACUAUUCUCGACGAUGGCGACAUACCUUUGAUCUCGGUGUCUAUCGAGGGUAAGCCGAACAUCUCAAGAACAAGUGUACACCAAGGCCAGAGUACAUGUGAGUUUGUAGCUCUGAGCCACGUCAGAUCACAAAAUUUAUUUCUCGACGGCACCUCCAAAUGUUCUCUUCAGCAACUGCAAAGUCUGGUCAACGAGCUACUACAGUCCAAGAUACUACUAUCGCUGGGUACCACGCUCCCAUUCUGGAUUGAUACUAUCUGCAUUCCUGAGGACCAUCGCAAAAAGACAGCGACUGAGAAGAUCAAGCGGGUUUUCGAGGCUGCCGAUGCAGUACUGGUUUUGGAGUCAAGCCUUUAUCGUCAAAGGCCGGGGUCUAUUUCAGAUUACAUCGCUGCGAUUAGAUGUUCUCCUUGGACCAAACGGUUAUGGACUCUACAGGAAGCAGCUCUAGCCAAGAGACUUUGUUUUAGUUUCCAUGAAACGGUAGUGCUGCUGGAUGAUCUCAAUGUUUCUCAAGAGGCAGCAGAAUCAGUCACUGCUGUUGAGCGAGUCUUUAGGACAGGGAAUACUAAAGAAGUGCGGGAGAAAUUGGAUUGUCUCGAUCUCUUGGAUGCAGAUAUUAAAUCACUGUUUGCUGCACCAAUAAAUGUUUCUCACACGUCGGCAAAAGAUGUGGUCAAAGAAGACAAGCCAGAGGUCGCAUCAGAAGCUAAUUGGAAUGGAACGAAAAGGUUACAUCUGGUAUCCGUAUUACGACUGGGCUAUUUUUCGUUGCCACGAUUUUACCUCAUUCGUGACGUCAAUGAAAAUUCCGAAUCUCAAGCCGUCAUGGAACAAAUAAUGACGUUAUAUAAGACCGAGUAUAGUGCAGGCCGAGGAAUGAAGACGAGCAUGAGCAUGGAGAUGAGACUCGAGGUUUUAGUAGCUUUCAAGUUGAAUAGGCCCUCAAAGAACAAUCAUAUGAUAGAUUGA